ACCCCCCCCCCCCCCCCGCAACUGCCUAGAGCCCAGUGUACGAACUUUCUUUCUGGGGAGGGCCCAGUGACAGUCCCACAGGAGACAGGAUCCUGUGAGCCACAUGGGGCCGACCCUCCUCCCCAGUGCUCAUUUCUUGGGAGCAUGGCACUGGAGUUUCCUGCCACCCACAGGCGCCUGUCUUUCAGGACUGGGGCCAGUUGGGGACAAGUACAGGCAGGCAUGUGAGGCAAUGUGUACCUGAAGGUGUGGGCAGGGGUCUUGGGCAUGUUUAUAUUGCCUGAUGCUGAGGCUCCUGACCAGGGCCGCGGACGUCCAAGGAGCCAGGCCAUGACCUGUGUACAUGAAAGCCCCUAACAUUCACGAGACAUCUCACCCAGCCUCAAGGUGGGAUGAGGAGGUUCUGGCUCUGCCACCUGACCCAGGGCUCUGUCCCCCUAUUUGUUUCUCCCACCCCCAGGCUUUGCCAGGUCACCUCCGGGAACUCAAUUUUUUUUUUUUUUUUUUUUUUUUUGCGUUUCUGGAGAAGGAAGGUGGUCUGCCUAGCUCUUGGGGCUCUUUCUUCCACUCCCGUGGCUGGGCCGGCUGCCAGUCGCUCGACCCCUCAUAUCCGGCCCCCGUCCGACCACACUCACAGCCAACAUGUGCCUUCUCGGGUCAGCUAGAUCUCCUGGUCAACCCUACCUCUCAGCUGAGCUCCCAACUUCCGCCGCACCCUCCCCGUCCUGUCCACUCGGGCUAAUUGCCUUCAGCUGUGGGACGGACCCGGGAGGGUGUCCUCCCUGAGCCCGCCCCCGGGCUUGGCUGGCCUUCGGGUGUCGCGGUGGGCGGGGACCUCCACCAGUCUCUCUGAGACAGCCUUGCGGCUCGGGCCGCCCCACACCCCGGGGCUCCCUUCCCGCCAAGCUCCACGGCCGCCCCCCGCCCCCGCCUCCGGCCACGCCUGCCUUGCCCUUCCCAGGGGUUCCCUGCGUGCGCCGGCUGGGCCGGUGCGGCUGGCGGCCGCAGACGUCCCCGUAGGACCCGGAACGCGCGGGAAGGGCGCCGGGCCGCGGCGGAAAGCGAGUGGAAGGCCGCUUCCGGCGCUCCCCCGCACUUCCGGCGCCCGCCACUUCCGGUGGGGGGCGGGGAGGAGGGCCCCCUCCGGCUUUCGGCUCGCGUGUGAGGGUGUCCGACCCGAGCCCGGGAGGGGCCUUCGGGCGGGGCGACCCUGGGGCGCGCGUCCCGCCGCCAUGGAGCAGGACGACCCGGGCGAGGCGCUGUCGGAGCUGCGCGAGCGGCGGCUGGGCGCGCUGGAGCUGCUGCAGGCGGCGGCGGGCUCAGGCCUGGCCGCCUACAUCGCGUGGGCGCUGCUGCUGCAGCCUGGCUUCCGCCGCGUGCCGCUGCGGCUGCAGGUGCCCUAUGUCGGUGCAAGUGAGCGGCAGGUGGAGCACGUGUUGUCGCUAUUGCGAGGCCGUCCUGGAAAGACGGUGGACCUGGGCUCUGGCGACGGCAGGAUUGUGCUGGCUGCUCAUAAGUGCGGUCUCCGCCCGGCUGUGGGCUACGAGCUGAACCCGUGGCUAGUGGGGCUGGCCCGGCUGCACGCGUGGAGAGCAGGCUGUGCCGGCAGUGUUUGCUACUUGCGUGAGGACCUCUGGAAGGUGAGCCUGAGGGACUGCCACAACGUGUCUGUGUUCCUGGCCCCUAGCGUGCUCCCCCUGCUGGAAGACAAGCUGCGGGCAGAGUUGCCCGCAGGGGCCCGAGUGGUGUCAGGGCGCUUCCCCCUCCCCACGUGGCAGCCUGUGGCUGUGAUGGGGGAGGGUCUGGACCGUGUCUGGGCCUAUGAUGUCCAUAGUGGUGGGCCAAACGGUCAGGCUUCCCCGGAACCCAGUUCUGCCUCAGUCCCUGGGGCCCCCCGUUCUCAGGUUGGCUGACCACUUGGACACAAUAAAGACUCUGGACUACA